UGAAUACGAGAGGAAGUCUGGUGGAGUUUGAGUAAGUUUCCAGACUGCGUAGGGCGUGCUGUGACAGGUGCCCUCCCCCCCCCCCCCCCCCCCGGAGAGAAAACGAGCGUGACCGCCACGCGCGCCCGUGCCACCCGGUUCCCUCCGGUUUUCCGCGAUGUUGUCAUCGCCUGGUUCAGAUCGUCGCCGCCAGAGGCGCUUCGGUCGGGACAUAGUACGCCACGCGCGGCGCUGAUUGGCCGGCGCCGGACGGGCCGUGACGUCAGUGGCCGAGUUUAUAUAAGAGACGCCGCGCGCGCGCUGCUGCCGUAUUUCGUGAGACUUCUGAUCGUGGGGGUGCCGAGCAAUUUCAAGCUGACUCCAGUUCCUAGCAGCAGCGUUACUAUUAGCCUAGCCAUGGAGGCCCAGCGUGUGAUCAGUGUUUCUCUGGGCAAGAUCGCGCAGAGCCGCGUGCAGCGCACGGGAUGCAGCCUGCACAAGUCGCUAAUGGUGGCGUCCAUCUUGCAGAAGGCUCGCCACCUGUACGUGGAGCAGGCGUUCAUGAUGCACUGCCGGCCGCAGCCGCCUCCGCCGGCCGUGACCGUCACUCCGGUGCCGGCUGAACCUACGCCGACCUACACCGACCUGGACACGUGUAGCCCGGCCGAGCGCGGCGUCGGCGACGCAGCCACCGCCGACGCCGCCGAGCCGUCGCGUCGGAAACGACUCAUCUCCGACGAGGAGACCGAGGAGGCGGUGGCGUCGAUCCUGCCCAAGCGCGCGCGGACCGAGUCUGAGGAGGCGGAGUCAGAGGAGGUGGAUGUUCCGUGCUCGGCGUGCGAGUCAGCCCUCCCCGCGUCGGAAGUGUCCGCGUCAGGGGAGUCCAAAGGCGACAAAGACGCUGACUCGUCUGACGAUGACUCGUGCUACGAGAGUGGUGACUCAGACGACUCCGAGGCGGACGCGAUGGAAAUCGACCGCAUCACCAGCCUCGUCUCCGUGUUCAGCUUCGACAGCCUGAAGUUGCGGCAGCAAGCGUCCGAUUCGUGCGCGCCUCAGCGGACUGGAGACUGGGAGCUGGCGGCGUCAGAUCCCGUCUCGGUAUCGGCGUGAACUCAUCCGUCUCCAAACCAAGACACAGCGGCCCCGGGCGCCGCUUUCUGCUGUGAUUUUCAGUACCUGAAAUGUGUGGAAUAUGCGUGCGGCCGCUGCCCGGGCGGCCGCGUCAUGUCUUCUCUACCGUGAGCGUCCUCCUGAUGCCCCGAGGCCACGCUGACGGCAGUCUGGAAUUUUCCGCCCGCGUCCGCGGCGGCCGGCAGGGGUCUGCCCAGGAGCGGUUUUUCCGUCUGCUGCCGAGGCGUCGGACCGGUUCUCCACCGAACGGGCGGCCGGCCGGCCCCGGGAAGGACCCGUUCGCGGCCAGUCGCGUCUGUGCAAUGUAGUAUUCGGUCCUGUGCAGGGCCCUGUUCGGCGUGGUCCGGGCGGCCCGGACCGGUUCCAGGGAGCGGUGAAGGAGCCCAAAGACCGGUUCCAGACCAGCGAGCCUUCCAACACUGCCGCCUCCACUUCAUGAUGGAAAGAUUGUCCGCGCGAACUGCGCGGCGAGUUGUGAUUCAUGAGUCUUAGCCGGAGUUUUGUGUCAAAUGUCAACGCUAUGAAUACUAUUUUGUAUAUAUUUUGUACAUAUGCGCAAAUAUAUUAUCGAACCCAUGGA